GCGUCUCAUCAUUCACCAUGGAGGUUUAUAAGAAAAAUUCGGAGUCAAAAUGGCAUUAUGUAUACAAAGACAUUAUGCGAUGUCGUGUCCCCAAUGAUGCCAGUGACGAUUCCGGCUUCACCCUUGAUGAUCUCCAGCAUUUCAUUCUAGAUGUCUUAAAAAAAGACCAAUCUCCCGAAGAUAUCAAGGAAAUAUUCAAGGAUCUAGACGUGAAUGGUGAAGUACGCGUCAGUCAUGAUGUGUUUGUGAAGGAGAUGUCCAAGCUUCCAAGACGCCUGGCGUUUGAUAGUAUGUUCAACAUGAAAGAUUACAACAGAGACGGUUUUCUUUGUGUGGACGAGAUUAAAGACUUGUAUGAUUUGGUCAACGUGAAGAAAGAAGUUUUCGAGAGAUUGUUAGAUAAAGAUGGGGAUGACAAAAUUUCCAAGGAAGAGUUCAUGGCUUUGGUGUAAUGGUUGAACCGCGCCAUUAACUUCAACAGGGGUCAUUUUGUACUUUACUUCGUCAAUAUUAAGAAAAAUUUGCUGUCUUGACACUUCCUUGAUCGUAUCUGUGUGAUAUAAACCUUUUUAAAACAUAUUCUGUACUCGUGUCAAUGCUUUUUCAGCACUCCCCGUAAUGCAAACGUAUCAAUUUAGUUUUGUGGUACAUACUCAUAGUAAUGGCAAGUGGCUUCCUUCUCACUACUUACUUCAUGUGUUUAUCAAACAAUACGAUAAAAUUUAUCAAACGUAACCGACAACGUAAUUCUAUGUUAUAGUAUUCAAUCUCUAGUGUACAACGUUAACAUCUACGUGAACAUUUUCUGUGUUCCUCAACAACGGUAACAUCUACGUGAACAUUUUCUGUGUUCCUCAACAACGGUAACAUCUACGUGAACAUUUUCUGUGUUCCUCAACAACGGUAACAUCUACGUGAACAUUUUCUGUGUUCCUCAACAACGUUAACAUCUACGUGAACAUUUUCUGCGUUCCUCAACAACGGUAACAUCUACGUGAACAUUUUCUGUGUUCCUCAACAACGGUAACAUCUACGUGAACAUUUUCUGUGUUCCUCAACAACGUUAACAUCUACGUGAACAUUUUCUGCGUUCCUCAACAACGGUAACAUCUACGUGAACAUUUUCUGUGUUCCUCAACAACGGUAACAUCUACGUGAACAUUUUCUGUGUUCCUCAACAACGGUAACAUCUAUGUGAACAUUUUCUGUACGUUGGAGUGAAGACAACGAGAGCACAGCGUCUUAGUAAGAAUUGUUCGAACACGGUCACAAUAACUGUUAUAACAACGCCAGAAAUAUUGUUCCUUCCUCAGAAUUCUACAGACUUCAGACCAACACAAAUUUAUAUCAAAAGCCAUCUCAGUGUAGCAUAACGUCAACAUCUUCUACGUUUGUGCUUACGCGCACAGUUUUAACGUGUUUAUGAGCCUGAUUUUAUAUAUAUGAAUAUUAUAACCCAUCUUGGUGCUAGUGAACUCUCGCUUUAUUAUUUUUAUUAUAAUCGCUUAUUAUAAAUGUCUACA